AUGGCAUGGUCUGGCAAACUCACUUGCAGUUGUAGGUGCUUAUUUCUCUAUGGAUUUCAAGCAUAUGCGAAAAAAAGAUGCAUGUAUGUUAGUGACACCUGCUUCAUGAAGAUUAAACAUUAUUUUGUUUUAGAUUAUGCUAAAUUAAACGGAAACUUUCUGCAGAAUUCUUUCACUCAAAUCAAAGCUGAAAUGGACAAGACUCUGAAGUGGCUCGUACCAUUUUCCGCAAAUAAAAUCAAGUCAGAUAUGCAAAUUUGUGUUUUGUAUUUGUCUACACCUGUCAAAUUAAAUUUUUUUAGGAAACUAAUUACGAUUACAAAGGAGAUGUUUGAGAAGACAAUGUCCUGUUUGAAGAGGAUGCAUUUGCUAAGAUGCGUGAUCAGUUUACACCACAUGAAAUAG